UAGCAGCAACGCUAACGAACACAAUGACGGCACUGGUGCUCGCGCCUUGAUCAAAUAUCGGCGGAUUCCAAAAAAAAAACGUUAUUUUCAAAACGCCAUAACGACGGUUGCUAAUAAACAUGUCUUGUAUCCGCAGGGUGAACGGACAAUUCCCGUGUAUGAGCCCCGCUGUCAGCUGCUCCCGUCUGCGCCAUGUCCAGUCACUGCUGUGGGAGGGGGAAGCCAGCCCUGAUGGGAUUCUUUGCUCUCUGGGGAUUGACAGCAGGUAUAAUGAGGGCUGCAGUGAGCUGGCCAACUACCUGUUCUACGGACUGUACCGGAAGAACCAGCUGAACCUGGAGCACAUUCUGGAGGACUUCCCUGAGGAGGUGCUGGAUGAUGUGAUCGUGCUGAUCAAGGCAGAGAGUGUCCACCUGUACUGUAAUCCAAUCAACUACAGUUACCUGCUGCCCUACGUCUCCCACUGGAGGAACCUUUCCAUACACUGCAUGAACCAAACAGAGUAUGAAGACGAGGAAGCAGCGGAGGAGUUUAAGAUCUCCAGCUUUGUGAGCAUGGUUCAAGACUGCAGCCGUAUUGGAGUUCCUUACAGCACCCAGGGCCACAUCCAGACAUUUGACAUGUUUAUGAUAGAGAAGUGGCCCAUCAUUCAGGCCUUCGCUCUGGAGGGGAUCGGUGGAGGAAGCUUCUUCACCAUGAAAUACAAGUUGAUGGACAUUAGUGAGAAGCUGUGGCAGACCUACACCAGAUUGGACCCUGUGUCCCUAGACAACCUGCUGACUGAGGACCUGGUGUUGUUUGAGAAGCAGUGGAGCAGUUUCUUCUCCAGCUUUGACAUCGAGAGCCAUCUGUCUAUCCUGGAACUGUCUGAGGCUCAGGCAGGGGAGGCGUUCCGGAGUUAUUUCUCUCAUGGCCUGAUCUCCAGUAACAUCGCUGACAGCAGCAGGAGACGGCAGCCCUUGGUUCUGUUUGGGAGCCACUCCUCCAUGGAGAACCUUCACAGCUACUCCUUCAACUUCCCUUCUGAUGGACACCAGGUCCGCAACACCGGACCCCAGGGGACCCCAGCCAAACACAUGGUUCUCCAGUGUGUGGCUCCUAAAGGAUCUUUAGCCUGCUCCAGGACUUACUUCUUUGGAACCACUCACAUCCCCUACCUAGGGAAUGACAACAUGCAACAGAAGAAAACAGAACUGCUUCUUCUCUCUCAGAUCUAUGCAGCAGCCGUCCAGUCGGUCCUGGCUGGAAUCAAAUGCUACUCCAACACCACUAGUGCUACUAAGGCGAAGGACGUAGCAGAGCAUACCUUCCAUCUGGCACUGGACUCGGUCCACCUGCCUCAGUACAGAGCUGCUCUCAGAUCUAAAAGUGUUUUCCACAUCCAAGCUGUGAACAACCAGGGCAGAAUUGUUCCUCUGAGUGAAGAAGGAAGCUGCUUCUUGGUGAAAACUGCGUCCAUGUCAGUGUACGACAUCCCAGACCUCCAGUGGGGGAAAGGAGACCUGGGCUCUGUAGUCUUCUCUGAGUCCUUCCUGGUGUCCAGCAUCAACAUCCAACAGAAAGAUGGAAGUGUUUCCUCAGACAGCUGCUACACCAUCCUGACGACAGCUCUGCCUCGAUACGUCUGCUGGCUGGUGGAGUCUGAUGUGAAGCAUUCUGAGAAGGCCCAGGUCCUGCUGAAGGAGGAGGAGGGUACCUGCCUGGGCACCUCUUUGACUACAGCAGACACAGCUCAUGUGUUCUCCAACAGCCUGCUCUCCACUCCAGAGGAAGGUAAGAUGAGCUUCUUCACAGAGGGCAUCCUGUUCCUCCAUCCUCAGUACGGAACCAUCACUCUACCCAGGAGCCUCAUCAGCAGGAUCAAGUUGUAUGACCUGGACUCGUCGAGCGUGGUGGCAGCUCUGUUUGUACAGUAUGAAGCUGCUCUGCUGUCCCACCUGCCCUUCCCUCUCCACAGUGACGACCACUGUUUGGUCUUCAGCCUCCAGCCACGCUCACAGAGUCACCGAGCCUUCUACUCACAGGUGUUACCAGUGUGGCAGGGGUCAGACUCUGGACUCUCUCUGCAGCUGGUGGACAGAGAACAGCUGACCUGGGAACAGAGGAACAUGCACUCCAGACUGCAGUGGUUGCAUGACUGCCACGCCCCCCCUGUGGCCAAACGCAGAGGCAGCCUGAAGGCCUCAUACUCCCAGCUACCAGAACAGGAGAUGUUCCUGCAGCACUUUGCUCUGAGCAGUGUGGGUCAGGAGCCCAUCCAGGAUGACCACCUGGGGGCACUGUUCUCCACGCCAGACACCAGGAACCCUCUGGCAGGACAGACUGACAAGGUGGUUAUAACCAUCAUCUCUGGACUACCGGGCAGCCACAAGAACAGACUGGUUAACUUCCUGGUCCAGCUGAAUAGAGAAGGAGGAAGGUGGGUUGUCUACCGUCCAGGUCCAGACUGCAGUGAUUGUUUCUCCACCUCCCACUUGCAGCGCUACCUGUCCUGCUUCCUGGAGACACAGAGAGCACAUGGAGGGAAGCCCCGACUACUGCUGCUCACUCCUGGAUGUACAGAUAUAUUAGACGUGGUCCAGGCGGUCCUGUCCCAUCCAGAUGCUGUGGUCCAGGCCUGUUUCACCAUCGGGGCGGUCACAGCCUGUGUGGACCCUCUCAGCUCAUACAUGGAACACAGAUUUGUCUUCCCGAAGCUGGUGGAGCAGUGCAGCCAAGGUAUAGUGAGUACGGUCGUCUUCACUGGACUGGCAGCAGAACAGAAGAACCCUCUCCUCCAAACUGUACAGCAGCUGAUCCGGUCAGCCAAUCCCAACGCUGUCUUCAUCCUGGCAGAGAGAGGAGCCGUUACCAGGAAUGAGGAUGUGAAGAUGAUUUUGUCUGAGAGCAGCUUCUCUGAGGCGCAGAUGAUGAGAGCACGCUACCUGCUCUACCCUGGCUGGUGUAAAGGCCGGUUCGUCAGUGGCUGUGGGUCCCUGUCUUUGGGCCACCAGUAUGUGAUGUUCAACCUUCCCCUGGAGAGACCUCUGUUUCUGAAACACUGUAAAGCCUUCAAGUCAGCUCUGAGACCAAACCCUUUCAGAGGAAACGUCUACAACGUCUCGGGGAAGGUCCUCUUCUCUGACUCUGAGAGGAUGAUGGAGGUGAGCUACAACACUGUGAGUGGGAACCUCCGUAUCACUCAGCAGCCCUUGGGGGACAGCCACCAGGGAGACCAGGAGCCCUCUGGAUGCUUCCUGCUGUUCCAUGGAGUGGGAUUGACACAGGAGGCCCUGAAGGACUGGCUGAGGAUCUGUGUAAAGCAGAAGGAGGUGAGGAAGGUGAAGAAGACCCACACCAGCCUCUCUCCUCAGGAAAUCAGGACCAUCCAUGUGAAGAGACAUCUGGACCCUCUGCCUCCAGGCUUCUUCUACAAUGGACAACAGUACGUCAGUUUCUUUGGAGAGAAGAACAACUUCCAUCCACAAAUGGACCAGUUCAUAGCAGAGUAUGUUGAGGAGGCCAACCGAGAGAUCGACCUCUUCAACAAUCAGCUGGAGCAGCAGCAGCACCAGGACCUGUUUGACCCUUAGUGACCCCCAAGGUUGGGGUUAGAGGUCGUCUGUCUCGUCAUUUUACUGUUUGUCCUCCUCAGCACAUCUCAAAGGGAAACAAAGGGGGGAAACUAUACCAUACAUCCUGUCACCUCCACUAUCCCAUACAUCCUGUCACCUUCACUAUACCAUACAUCCUGUCAUCUCCACUAUACCAUACAUCCUGUCACCUCCACUAUACCAUACAUCCUGUCACCUUCACUAUACCAUACAUCCUGUCAUCUCCACUAUACCAUAC